CGUCUGCUGUUAUUUAAUCAACACUUUAAAUUAUUUAAUUGAAAGACAUUACCUAACAACAGCAGAAAUUAUUGUACAUUUCUACUGCUUUACCUUAAAGGAAGUCAAGUAAAAAAUAUUUAAGUUAUCAUAAACCUAUAAAAAUCUAUUUGGUAAACCCAAAUCGUUCUGAAAUGGCGCAGUGAUAUAUUAUUGGUUGUAAAUAUUCGACAGGAGUAAGUUAACCGGAACCGUUGAUAUAUAAUCAAAAGAUGUUGAUUAAUAAAAUAAGUCAAAUAAAUCAGAAUAAAAUUUUAGUUCGGUGCCAAAAUGGCUGAUAUUAGUUGUUGGACUAAAUUGUUUUGAGUUCUUUUAUCUCAGGUCGGUUUAAUCUGUAAAUCCUCUUGGUGUGACGCAUCACCAGCGAGACUUUCAUCUUUUAUUAUCAUUGAUUAAAAAAAAUAGACAGAACCCUGACACCAUGAGAAUAGUCUUAAGCAAAUCAGAAAUCUCAAACUCACACCACUUAUUUAGAUAUUUUUCAAAUACAUAUAGCCUACUUUAUAUAUUGAAGGAAAACAUAUUUCAGCCAAUUCACAAACUCUUUGCUUCAGCUGAAAUAUUAAACUCAUUAAGAAGAAUAUAAACAGAUAAAUGAAACACUUCCUCGUGAACCUCGUGUCUUGGAGUAAAUGCAUUCAUUUUUAUCAAUCACAGCCUCAUUUUUGAUUCAGCAGAUUCUGCCGCGUAAGUAAACGCUGGCUGACGGGCGCGCGGUUGUGCGCAUGUGCAGGCAGGCCUACUUAGCAGGCCUAUUGACAUUAAAGACAAGUGGGUUAUACAGAGCCUGGAAAUGGGGCCCGAUGAGGGGGGCAAGUCCGCCAGUGGUUCAUGGAGCCGAGAGCCAGCCCCACCACCUCUCUCUCUCCCUCUCUCUCUCUCUCUCUCUCUCUCAUGUAGCCAGGCGGACUCUACGGUCAGUCAGUCUCAGAGGGGUGACCCAGGAUCAGCCCAGCCUUCUCCCUCCUGGCUGACAGCUGACAGCUGACUGACGGAAAUGAGCCGUAGAGGAGAACAGGAGGACGAGCCGAAGUGUGUUUUCCUGUGAAAAGGGGAGGAAAGGGUCUGUGGUAUUGCUUCGCGGAGAGGAGAAGACGAAGAACAACGAUGUCCUAACUAGGGAAGCUGUUUCAGCAGCAGAGAGCGGCCUGCAGGCCCGGUGAGUGUUGCAGGAAUACCGAGAGUGUGAGCGGGGGGGGGGGUGUUCCCUGCUGGGAAUAUUAUCCAGGAUGCAAACAUUUGCACGGAGGGGAUAUUAAACUUCACGUUCCCUCUGCAGCAUCUCUCGGGCCUCUUCGUGUGUGUGCGUGUGUGUGUGUGUGUGUGUGUGUGUGUGUGUGUGUGUGUGUGUGUGUGUGUGUGUGUGUGUGUGUGUGUGGGUGCGUGUGUGCGUGUGCGUGUGUGUGUGUUUGUUUUCGCGCCGGAGUGCGCGACAGUGAGCAGGACUAUGAGUCUGGUGUCAGGCUACCCUCACCACCCGAUCAUGCACCACCACGACAGCCACCACUAUUCGCUGCACGCGGCGGCGGCGGCCGGACGGUGCCACGAGGACACCGGGGCGCCUCCGUACUUCACGAGCUGGCUGAUCAGCCACGCGGACAUGUCACCCACUGAGUACAGCCUCGCGCCGGGCUACAGCCCGGAGUACCACACCAACAGCGGGGGCGACUCCUCCGGCGGCCUGGACGCGCGCCACCACCAUCACUACGGACCCGGGAACCAUCUGAUCCCUGGGCCCGGCAGCAUCUCUAUGAACGGAGCCACGGUCGGCAUGCACCACCACCACCACCACGCACACCCACGCACCAUAAAGCGGAGACCCACCGCAAAUCGCAAGGAGAGGCGACGGACCCAAAGCAUCAAUUCGGCGUUCGCGGAGCUCAGGGAGUGCAUCCCCAACGUCCCGGCCGACACCAAGCUGUCCAAGAUCAAGACUCUGCGGCUGGCCACCAGCUACAUCUCCUACCUGAUGGACAUCCUGGACAAGGACGGCCAGCACGGAGACACGCAGGCGUUUAAAGCCGAGCUGAAAAAGACGGAGGCACGGGAGGAACGCAGGAAAAGAGAGGCGGUGGAGAUCCCCAAAGCAGCCUCCUCGUCUUCGUCCUCCUCAUCGGUAGGAGAUAAGAAGAGCAAAGGUCGGACAGGAUGGCCUCAGCAUGUCUGGGCUCUGGAACUCAAACAGUAGUGACCCCUCCACUCCCACUCCCACUCCUAAAUUUGACCCCAGGGUUUUUGAUGGACAGUGCAGCCGCCGUGCCUCUGCACACUCAGGCUCCCCACAGCGGCGGGGCUGGAUGGACGCUGCAGACGGUUGUCCUGCUGCUCGGCCACGGUCUCGGUUGGACCCCGGGAAGUAGAAGAAGUGACGUGUCCCCAGGAAGGAGCCUGGGUGUGGGCUGAAGUCCAUCUAGACAGGCACAGACGGAGUUAUGUCCCCUGGUACCUUUCUGAACAAACCGAACCAUCCCCACCCCACACACACACACAUACACACCCCUUCACAUGCAUUUGUUUACCAAUGUGUCUGCGUAGUUGACCACACAAAUGGGGAAUUGUGUGUGUUUUAUUUAACGGAAUAUAUUUAUGUUUGAUGUGGCCAUUAAACGGGUCUCUGCAGGAACUCUCACUCAGAUGUAUGUGAACACAUCUCUCUCUCUCUCCUAUUGCAGUUUUAGGUUGUAAACGUAGUGCCGUCACGCCACUGACAAAGUGUCUGUGUUUUUAUGUGAAAACGUGCUGGGAGUCUAAAUAAUGCUUGUUGUGGGAUGUAAACAAUGUCGUGAAAAGAAUAAAAGCACCACUUGGUGAAAUGGUGGCUGAUUCAAACUGAGCUCAUCUCUGCCUCUCACUCAGCAGUAUCAGCGGUUUCUUAUGAUCACUCUGCAUCAUCUUGGUUUUAAUCUUUGCCACUUUUGAAAUAGUAUUUUAUGUAGAUUGAAUAAAAUGAUGUAAAAUAAUCACUAACAGACAGCAGAUGUGCUAAAAUGUGCUAUUGUUGAACAAAGUUGUUGAAUUUCCUUUUUUUUUGGUGAAGGUCUAGUUCAGCCUCCUGAUGUGCAUCAGUUUUGUAGCUUUAACUUAAUGAGAAAUACGUGAGGCACACAUUAACAGAGGGAUUUAUGAAGGUGUUAUUUGUCCCAAGACUCUGUGUCAUUGUGAGUUACAGCUGAGUGUGUUGUCUGUUAGAUGUCCAUUAUGUGUCCUAAAAGAAAACAAAAUGAACUUAAUAAUUUCCCUGCUGCUAAAUGCUGAAUGUCAAUGUGACCCAGGUUUAACCAUCACAUUCCCAAAUGUCAGAGUGAGUGAAUAACUGGACUAAUUGCAAACUUGUUUGAAAAAAAAAAGUUAAAAAAUCUGCAAAUUUUGUUCAAUUUUACCUGAGCUUGUUUACCUAAAAUCUGUUGGUUUUGUGCAAUUAUUUAGAUUCCAAAUUCAUCUUAGCAAAAUAAGGAUAAAAGUGUGAAAAAUACAUAAAUGUAUCCUGUUGCAGAGGAAAGCAAAAAUCAAAAGCAUUUUUAAAAAAUUUAAAAAACAACCGAUUUUUGGGGGGAAUUUAAAGCCUAUCAAAAUGUCAACAACAGUUGUUUUCACUUAAUGUUUGAUUCAUUGAGGCAGAAGUUUGGGUUUUCAUAUGCCAUGUGUGAAUGAAGCAGACAUGUGGUUACAGCAAAAUGGAAUAGAAAAAAAAAAAAAGAAACCCACUCUGAUUAAAACUACUUUCAAGAAUGCAGUGAGACCACAGUCUUGCUGAUCCACAGUGCCGUCAUUAUUGACCUGGUUGUGUUUCGCAUCUCUUGCUCUCACUCCAGAUGUUUACGUGAAACCUGGAAUUAUAAUGAGUUUGGAGGUUACCUAGGGCAAAUAAUAAUAAUAAUAAUAAUAAUAAAAAUAGCAUUUAAACCAAAUACAAAAUUUAAAGGUUGUUGAGAAGCUUAAUGAGUGUCGAGCUCAGAAAAGAUUAAUCAGGCUAUGGAACCUAGGCUUCAUCAAAAAACGUGUUGCUCAUUAUUUGGGGCAUUAGGUUUUAUAAACAACAUCCUAGAAGGUAAUUAGCGGCAUAAUGAAGUUUAGUAGUUUUGUGUUUUUGUGUCUACAGAACACUGGAAAUCUUUAGAUAAUUUGGGACUUCCAUAAAUAUGGAUUUUGGUUAUUGUCAAUGAAUAAUUUAUUAUUUUGUAUUCACAACCUGUAUUUAUGCAUUUGAUUGCACGAGCUGAAGGAGGGUUUGGAUACAUUUUUAAUCACUCAGUCACAUGACCAUUUAUGCGAAGACAUUUCCUUGAUUUCUACCUGAUUGGUGCCAAUACUGUAACACAGACCUUUCCACACCAUUCCAUUAACGUAAUAUAUAAUUGAAAAAUCUCUUGUUUGGAUGGGUUUGUAGUUUGGAAGAGUAGCCAUCUGGUAUUUAAGAUAUUGUUAAUUUGAUUCCAGUGUCACAUCAUUGUGCAAAACACUGAAUACUGACAAUAUGGAUGAGAGUUUGAGACUCCUGCUGGGUAAAUGCGACUUUCUGGUUUUGCAGCUUUGAAGCUCUAAAUGAGUUUGAUCUAUUUACAUUUUUUGUCAUAAUUUUGAUCGAUUCAUUCCUGAAAUCAAAAGAAGUUCUGUGUCACUUAAACUAUAUAAAUUAAAUGCAUCUGACAAUGAUAAACACCUUUGAUCAGAAAAAGAGAGAUGGAUUCAGUGUCUACAACAAUUUUAAUCAAACAUAGCUGUCAGAACUUUAAGUUUAUCAGAACAUAGUGACCAAACAGUCUCAUAUUUUACUCAAUUAGCCAAGAUAAGUUAGCACUUUCUCAACUUGUACUGAAUCAAACCUGAAAGGGUUAGUUCUGAUAUUGUAGGAAGAUUUUAAAUGACUGUGGUCUAAGCUCAGUCGCACAUAUUCUUACACCAACAUACAGACUGCUAGGGGACUCGAGGUUAAUUAUCUUGCACAUAAGUGUCAUCAUCAUGAUACGGGAGUGUAAUAUGGAGUUCAACCCACAACUUGCCAAAAGCAACACAAGAAUUUCUUCACAUAGAACAUUUUCUCUAAGGUAAUGGAAGCCAACAGCUAAUCAGAUAUGCGAUAAUUAACAGUCUGCAAUUUGUUCUGUUUGGUUCUAGUUUGUUCAGCUUAACAGCAUCUGUUUCCAUGUGGAGUUAGCUGACUCCUGUUGUAUCCAUCCGCCAGACCUCAUCAGAUUUAUACAGUUUAGGGAAGAACUGAGUACAAAUGGGAUUUUGCCUCAUUUUUUGCACCAAAGGAAAGUGUGUGUCUCUGUACUUUCUAGGUUUGGAAAUGAUCCUUUUCAGCUCAUGUUUAGCUGAUAUGCCAAAUCCGUUGAUGAGGCAGAAUGCUGCUAGUCAUACCCUAAGACCUUGGAGAGUUACAUCUGAUCAAACUGAGGUUAUUUGUUGUUUCAGCUUUUUGCUGUUUUCUGCUCAUGUGGGAUCAUUAAUAAAACUUUUUGUGGA